AUGAAGCCGUUCGGCGGCAUCUCCCCUGGCGGGAGCAUUGCUCUGGGAAUCAUUGUUGGCCUCAUGUCGACUAGUGUGCAGAGCCUGGGACUGACUUUGCAGCGCAAAUCGCACAUCCUCGAAGACGAAAAGGGCCCGCACGAUGUCCGACGUCCGCCCUACCGACGACGGCGCUGGCAGGUCGGCAUGGGCAUGUUCAUCGUCGCCAACAUCUUGGGCAGCUCGGUGCAAAUAUCGACACUGCCUCUACCGGUGCUCUCGACGCUUCAGGCCGCGGGGCUUGUCUUCAACUCCAUAUGCGCUACCCUGAUCCUCAGCGAGCCCUUUACGCGCUGGUCCCUCGCCGGCACCUCGCUCGUCACCACCGGCGCCAUCCUAAUAGCCGUGUUUGGCGCUAUACCGUCGCCGGCCCAUAACCUGGACGAGCUGCUGGUUCUCCUAGCGCGCAAGCCAUUUAUUGUGUGGAUGGCCCUGCAGGCCCUGUUUGUGGUGGCACUCGCGGUGGCCACCGAUGUGACGAACAGAAUAUCCAGCAUAUCCCACAGCUCCCGGUUUCGGCUCAUCCGAGGCAUCUCGUAUGGUGUCAUUAGCGGCGAUCUGUCAGCGCACGCGCUUCUUUUUGCCAAGUCGGCCGUCGAGCUCGUCAUCAAGACUGUCGCUGGCAAAAACCAGUUCAUCUACUGGCAGGCCUGGGCCAUAGUAAUGGCCCUCGUCUCGCUCGCUCUCUGUCAGCUGUAUUAUCUACACCGGGGUCUCAAGCUGGUAUCGACUUCGGUCUUGUACCCCCUCGUGUUUUGCGUUUACAACAUCGUUGCCAUAUUGGACGGCUUGAUAUACUUUAACCAGACAAGCCUCAUCUCGCCGUUACAGGCUUGCAUCAUCAGCUUGGGUACGGUGAUUUUGCUGAGUGGCGUGCUUGCGCUGUCUUGGCGUCUCAGUGAUGAGCAGCAUGCCCCUGGCGUGGGGCAGUCGACGUUGGCGCCAGGCCUAGGGAUGGUGGAAGACACGGAAGGCGAAGAGGAGUCACUCCUCAGCGGAGAGGCGUCUGCUGAAUCCGAAGAGGCGUUCCCUGGUUACAACACCUUUGGAAGCAGUGAAACAACCGCCAUGACGCCAACCAAAAAGACUUUUCGAUGGGCAGAAGACGCCGAGAUCUGGGGCGAACUGGAAGACCAGGAGGAUGUCAACUCGCCCGCGGGCCGUCUGCGGGCGAACACCAUGCCGGGCCUGAGCGAGUCUUCAAGUCUGUUGCCCGGCCCCCGCAGAACCGUCAGCGGCGCGACAACGAUCCCGGAAGAAGGCAGCACACACUCGGACGCGGUGAGACCACGGCUCGCACGGCGGCGGCGCAGGAGCACCGGCUUUCCCGGGCUCGUCGCGCGACGCAACCUCAAGAAGCGAGAUUCCUUCCUCGCCGAGUCGGUCAGCAACAUGCUGUCACUUUCGUGGUGGAAAAAGAGCGGCAGGCGGAGCUCUACGCACAGCGCGCCGCCUGUCGAGCCGUCCACGCUGCGGCAGACCAGCACACCAACAGGACGAAGCAACGAUUCGCCAGUAUAA